AAUUACUGAAUCACAUAGGUACUGAAUAAAGAAAACUGAAAUUUAUCCGUGUCAUUUUCUUUCAUUUUCGGAGUGCGGACUGUUUUUCAUUGAAUUAAAUUGUUCCUUCUUGUUCAUGAGCUGGAAAUCAUUGGGAAAGGUUUCCUAUUUUUUUUCUAUAAGGAAGACGUAAAUUUUUCCUAGAAAUAAUAAUUAUACCAUGUAUAAUUUUUCUAUAUCUGCCAGUUAAUUUUUUUGAAUAAGUUAAAUGCAGCGUACAAUGAGAUAUUGGAAAUUGUUUAAAAACAUUUUUGCCAUGGGUAUUAUAAUAAGUGUUAUGUGGUUAUUGUUUACUUGGAGUAGUGUUGAAUUAUUAAGUUUAUCAUCACUGGAUACUAGAAGCAUUCCAAUUGCUGUGAAAAAUAAGAUGUGCCAUGUCAAUUUUAAUGAUGAGCGCCAGCACAUCAGCAACAGCAGCGACUUGAAGAUGAUAUAUUAUGUGACUCCGACAUACCCUCGGCCGGAACAGGUGCCUGAGCUCACCAGGCUCGCGUAUACACUGAUGCAUGUACCAAGACUACAUUGGAUUGUAGCUGACGAUCAACCUAUAUGUUCUGAAGAGGUCUCAAAGAUACUUAAACGAACUGGCCUGCCAUAUACUCACUUGUCUAGUCCAAAGCCAUACUUGUACAAAGGAACAAACUUUCCCCGCGGAGUGUCCAACAGACGUGCAGCGCUCACUUGGUUACAAGAAAACGUGAAUGAAGGAGUACUCUACUUCGGAGACGAUGAUAACACAGUGGACCUGCAGCUGUUCGACGAAAUUAGACUGACGAAGAAGGUGUCAAUGUUCCCCGUAGGUCUGAUCGGUGAUUAUGGUGUUUCUUCGCCCGUUGUAAAGGAUGGAAAGGUUGUUGGUUUCUUCGACUCCUGGCCAGGAUCUAGAUUAUUUGCUGUCGACAUGGCUGGGUUUGCCGUGAACAUUGAGUACCUGAAGCCCUCUGCUAACAUGCCAUACAUUGCAGGACAUGAAGAAGACAGAUUUCUUGUUAGUAUUGGCUUGAAAAUGGAAGACAUAGAACCACUGGCUGCCAACUGUUCGAGAGUACUUGUCUGGCAUACUAAAACUGUUAAGUAUAAAAAACCAACCAUAAAACUUGAUAUUAAAAAACUCGAUAGUGUUCCUGCUUAUAGAAAUUUCGCGAAUUUGCUUAAGGAAACAAAUAGGCUCGGUAUGGCCACCCUCAGCGACAAUAAUGGGACGAAACCUUAUAUAACUAGAAAUAGGAAAUCAUAUGAAACACUAGCUGGUCUAGAAUAAUUUUUUUUCAAAUAAGCUGUUCUUAGCCAUUGUUUGUUUUGCAGAAGCUUAUGCAGUACACUACAUAUUAAUACUUCUAGAAAAAAUAGAGAACAUAUUUUUAGGUCUUAAAGGCUUUUUGCUAAUUCAAGUGUGGCAAAUUAAUAUGCACAAAAAUAGCCAUAUUCUGUAUUAACUGUUGAUAAAUAGAACUAUAAAUAGUCUAAUUAUAUAAAUAGUCCAUCCAACAUGUGCUCCACUAUGUAUUGAUUUUAAAAUAUUUUGGAGAUGUUAUUCUUAACUCUGCUAUAGAACAUACAUAAACUUAUAUGCCGGUCAAAUUUUUUUUGUAGAUUAGUAGAUAGGUUGUAUGUACAUAAGAUCUUAUAGGAAUAAAUUAUGAAGAGUGAAAUCCAGUGUGAUGUUAGAUAGGUUUUAAAAUAUUUAGGUAAAAAAUAUGUUGUUUUCAAAGACUAGUCUUAUGUAUAAUUUAUCAAUUAUGUUGAUAUAAAUCAAUGCAUGAUUAGUACAAUACUGUACAUUGUUGUGUUGAAUUUUUAUUUGUUGGUAUGUAUUUGUGUUGUCCUCUUUUGAUUUGUGAAAUAUUAUUAUGAUUACUAUGGGUUAAAUAUAGGUUCGAAAUUGCUAUUAAUUUUAAAAUAACAUAAUGAUAAAUGGUAUGAAUAUAGCCAAUAUACCACGGCAGAUCAUACUUAAGAUUAGAUAAACAAACAUAUUUUUAUUAUUUUAGAGUUUAGACUAAGACAUUUCUCAUUAAAUUAAAUGAUAUAUCUCAUGAAAAUACUGAAAUAUUUUAUAAUAUUAAUUAUUGAUUUAAUAUAAUUCUAAUACAUAUUAACAUGUAUUGUUGAUUCAUUAUAUUAUAGUAUUUUAUUAGGUUUAAAGAAUGAACAUUUGUCUAUGUAAAAGUAUUAUAUUUAAAGGACCACAAAAAUUAAAUUGCUGUAUUCGGGCACAGAUAGUUUACAAUCAGAUGAGGAAAAAUUGCCCGAAUACAGCAAGUUUUCCUCACUUUGAUCUUUUAUAGGUAUUUGAGAUCAAAAUAUUACUUUUAUAGUUGAAUUGUUGUGUUGAUCUAAAAAUAAUUGAUUUGAAUCUCAUAAAACCUUUGUUUUUAUCACAUAAACAUAUGCCGAGCAAAUGUCAGUAAUGAAACUUCUUUGCCAAGAUUCAAAGAUAACAAAAUGGUCGCCACUCCAUGACGUGAUGGCAUUGCCAUGAUGCGAUCUAGAAAUUUUACUCUCAACGUGCCUAAGAAGUUUCACUUCAAAAUAAAACUUGCAGUAUUUGUUAUACAAGCUUAAUUUCAUGUCUGAAUAUUUUUUAUGUAAAAAUAUGAGUUGGAAAUUGAUCUGAAUUUUCUUCAUGAUGUAAACCAACGUGUAGACAUUUAUUAUCGCUAAUAUCUUACUUUUCUCAGUGCAAUAGAAGUUUUAUUUUAUUCUUUGUAACUUACUACUAACAAAAUAUGUGUUUUAAUCUUGUCUUAUUAUAUUUUAUUUUAAAUUCCAGUGCAAUAUUUUUUUAAACAUCCAGUGAAUAUCAUAUUAUAUACAAUAACUAUAAUUUUAAAAUUAAAAGUAAUUAUCUACAAAAAUAUGUAAAAUAUAUUUUUAGCUUAAGUUUUUUAUGUUCGGAAUGAACAAACAUUACUGUUAUCUAUUUGUCUGUGGUAUAUUAUUUUAUUCUUUAAUUUAAUUGAUCUCUUUUAGUGAUAUUAAUAUUACGUCUUAAAAAACUAAAACACGAAUGUUAACAAUGAAAAGUUAUGUUAAUUUUGUGGGGUGACACGUGUUGUGACAACUUUUUAUGGUGGAAUAUAAUGAAUAUUAUACAUAUUAUAUCUGAUAUUCUAUCAUUAAUAUUAUUUGUAAAUAUUAUAUUUUGAUCUUUAGCGGUGUGGCGACCAAUUAAAUUUAGAUUUGACGGAACAAGCGACCAAGAUGUAUGAACAAUGAAAUAAAUACAAUUAAUGCAUGUAAUUAUUAUUAGGACUUACUUUUUG